AUGCAUAGCACGCAUAGAGCCUCGGAGGUAUCCCAGCUAUCCACCCCACACCCUACUCCCAGUAGUGCCCCGAGCAGCAAAGGAGUGGGGCAGCGUACUAAGGGUGCACUUUCUCCCAUUCAGCGACCUAGCGGAAAAGCAAGUGAUAUGGGAACAAGGAAGAUUAACGCCCAGAAGAUUCCAAUAGUACCAUUGACCGGGGCCUUGAGCGGCCUGGAUGCCCCAGCAACUCUAUACCCAGAAGACCUCGAACUUCUGGCAGAAGAUGACGUAGUAGGAGACUUGGACUUUGUCUCAAUAUUAACCAAUCGCAAGCUUUCGUACACACAGUCGCACUCCAUAUGUGAGCCGAUAGCAACCCCCGGGGCAGUGCUCACGGAUGUGUUUCGGGGAUUGCGCGAACAAAAUGCGAAAAUCAUAAAGACUCUGAAUCUCUUGAUAACCGCAGGACGGAAAAACAAAACUGCUAUCGCUGACCUGGAGACCAAACUGGGUGAUGUUACAGCAGCGACAAAUACACUCAUUACUUCUACCCGUAGCUUUAAAGCAGAUUUGGCGUCCACAGAUACAAAUAUUAAAGCGACAAGAAAUCAUAUGCUCUUGGUGCAGGAUCAGCUGAAGCACCUUACUGCUUCCAUGAAUGCUAGCGCAUCCGACGAGCAAAAGAGGCAAUUCUCACGUAGCUACAACAUCUAUGGAAGGGUCUAUGGGAACUCACCCGACGUACAGGAGAGGGAUUCUGCACUCGCAAACAAGAACGCGUUAACACUAUCGACUCUUGCAGGUGAUGCAAGGAGCCCGUCCCCAUCUCCGCCCCCAGAUAGCCAGAUCAGUCGCUGCCUGGUCAUGGUCAAGAACGAGGCAGCUUUAGGUUCCUGCCACACGCCUCCCCAGGGCAACUCUGCAGCUCAAUCCCAGACCCAGGCUAGUACUAAGAUCCUCAACAGUCCCCUUAAUAGUGCAUUCAACCUUAAAGUAACUCCGUCACGGGGAGUUGCAGUAGCAAAGACCGAUGUUGGUAGGCACAUGCCCGCGGCUUUACAAUCGCUAGGUCAUCCUCAGUCACCGCAGUGGUGUCUCGAACAAAGUAAAACUGUGCGUGUUCCCCUUGCUACACCGAUGGAGUCCAUGGAGAUCCGAGAAGGUCAGGGGUGCGACAUGGACGCCGCCCAAAGGCUAGACGCGCUGGAAAAAAACCUUCGUCAAGUAAUUGAGCACUUAGGCUUGUCAUGGAUCGAAUAA